AGGUUACACAAUCUGUGCCCUGACCCGAGCCUGCCAGACUAAACCGUACCAUGCUCUGGCUGCUUUGCAACAAUCUGGCAGUUUUUAUUUAUUUAUUUUUGUGGUGUAAGAAAACCAAAGGGCUCAAUGUCUCGGUGAGUUAAAAUGCAUGUUAGAGACAAAAAAGUAGCCUUUUUAUGACUGUGAAGGGAGAGAUAGGCAUUGAUUUUUCCUCUGCAACCAAGUAAAUCAUGUGUGAAAGGAAGCCACGGUGAGAAAAAUGGCUUCUCACAACUCAAAGACUGGAUCUAAGAUAAAUGUUGGAAAAUCAGCAAAGGACUCCGGUCUGGAGGACGAUUACGUCACACCUGGCGGCUAUGAGCUGGAGAAAAUCCUCAACCGUGGGAGUGUGGUUUAUACUCAUGUCAAUGAGGUCUGGCCUAAAGUCUACAUUGGCGAUGAGCAGACUGCUAAGGACAAGCUUCUCCUGAGGAGUUUGGGGAUCACACACGUUUUGAAUGCCGCAGAAGGGACAUGGAACAACGUGGACACCGGGUCCGAUUACUACAAUGACAUGGACAUUGUUUACUACGGUGUGGAAGCAGAGGACAUCCAAACCUUUGACCUCAGCCAGUAUUUCUUCUCUGCAGCCAAAUUCAUUCAUGAGACACUGAGCAAUCAUCAAAACAAACUGCUGGUUCACUGUGUGAUGGGAAGAAGCCGAUCAGCAACUCUCUUCCUCGCCUACCUAAUGAUCCACGAGAACAUGACCGUGGUGGACGCCAUCGAGCAUGUAAAGAAACGGAGACGGAUUAUCCCCAACUGGGGGUUCCUGAAGCAGCUGAGAGAGCUGGACCAGCAUCUCCUGGAGAGAAGAGCAUCAGCAGAGUGUUGAUUCUGCUUUUUGCUGUAAAUCAAAUCAUUUAAUUACUUUAUGAAACUGACACGGCUAUGACAGCUCUGAAGUCAUUCAAAACUCUGAUUUGAGAGAAAUCCAGUUAAGUCUUUGAGUGUGAAUCUAAUGCAAAUAUAACAAUUCU